AUGGCCGGCCACGGAAAUGUUUCUUUUGAUGACGCAGACCCGGCGAAGCGCAUCGAGGAUCUCAUUAAUGAAAAUGUCAUUCUCAGGGCCGACUUGGCGGAACGGACCGAGAUAAUGGAUGUGUUGGCCAAGUCAGUGAACAUGAUACACGGAGUACAACAAAUAGGAACAGUGCCACCUGAAGAGGUCCGACAGCUAUAUGCCGAAAUAGGCGCCAGCAUUGAAGCGUUCCUUCAGCCGAUGUUCAAAGCCUUCGAUGAGAACACGCAGCACAAGGACGGGAUCACAGCGUCUUUGAACCAACCAAAAGCCUUUGGAUACUUUCGACAAUUGAUAAGCUAUGAUUCUGAAUUUAGGGCCGCUGCUUCAAAUCCUUACACCGAACUGAAGGACAUCUGGACCGCAUAUAUCUGGAGACAUCUGUACGAGAGGGUCUUCAAAGAAGGGGCCGCCGCAUCAUUUUAUGCAGGCGGUAACCAGAACCCUGCACAAUAUAUGAGGCACGUAGACCAGAUAGUCGAUAUUAUGAAGCUGGCCGAUCCGCCUGUAUUCAAGGAAUACGUCAGGCGCCUGUGGCGAAGACAGGCGCUGGCCGCCAUGUUCAGAACAGCUGAAUUAGACUGGGUCCAGCAGAGCCGACAGAAUGGGAUCCAGCAGACAAGCCUAGAGAUCCAACGCGCCUUCACCGAGUUCGCGAGCCUGAUACCCGGCCCCCUACGGACGCAACUGGUGGAAAGCAUCGUCACCGCCGCGGUCCGGCUCAACGAGCACAUCAUGAUCGAAGCAGACGACGUCUGGGAAAUCAAGAUACAUGGGCUCAUAGAUGAGAAAGCAGGCGGUUUCUUCGCCAACGCCAGGGAUUUCGCGCUGACGGGGUGCGGCACCAGAUGGGCCAAGAUGGCCAGAACGCCCGUGGAGACCAUCGCGGACCGCACAAGCGCCCAGGAUCUCCGCGGCCUGAUGAGGCCGCUGUGUGCACUUGCGCCGGCCCUUCGAUUUCGACACAUGGACCGGGAGGCGGAAGGGUAUCAGGACAGUGUGGAUCUGGUCAAGCCACGGGUGUUAGUAUUCCUUAGACACUCGGCACCGGCGCAUGUUCCAGUCUCUGAACCAGUCAACCUGAUAUUUCCCUUAAUGGCUAGGAUGAAUGUGGGAUAG